UCCCUGUGAAGAGUGAAUAUGAUGAAGAGAAAGCUCAGUCCUCACAGCUUCCUCAAAGACAAACUGAACAGAUGGAAACAGAAGCUGAUGGAGAGGACUGCGGAGGACGAGAACCAGCCACGAACUCUGAUCCAGAUGCACAUUUACAACCAGAUACUGAUGAGAAGGCGGGAGACUCUUCUGAACCCGAGACUGAUGACAGCGCCGAUUGGAAGGAGACCAGAGAACCUCGGUCAGGUUUAAACUCUCUGAAAAAUGACUCGAGAUGUAAGGUUGGUGAAAAAACUCUCAGCUGCUCUGAGUGUGGGAAAAGAUUUGUCACCAAGACACACCUGAAGAUACACAUGAGAUCGCAUACAGGAGAGAAACCCUUUAGUUGCUCCAUUUGUGGGAAAAGCUUUUGCAUCAUUGGACAUUUGAAGGACCACACAAGACGCCACACCGGUGAGAAACCAUUUCAGUGCUCUGAAUGUGGGAAAACAUUUGUAACAAAGUCCCAUCUGAAGAGACACGCGAGAAUCCACACAGGAGAGAGACCCUUUAGCUGCUCAGAAUGCAGCAAAACCUUCAGUGGAAGCGGAAACCUGAAGACGCACAUGAUAACUCAUACAGGAGAAAAACCUUUCAGUUGUUCCUUCUGCAUGAAGUCGUUCACACAGAGCGGUACGCUAAAGGAACACGUGAACAUCCACACGGGGGAGAAGCCUUUCAGCUGCUCAGUGUGCGGUAAAGCUUUCCGUGGGAGGGGCAAUCUGAAAAAGCACAAGAGAAUCCACACAGGCGAGAAACUUUUCGGCUGCAGCGUUUGUCACAAAAGAUUCGCCUGGCCCGAACAGGUCAAAAGGCAUAAAUGCGUCGGGCGCCAGUCCUCACAGCUUCAUCAAAGACGAGCUGAACAGACGAAAACAACGGCUGACGGAGAGGGCCGCGGAGGACCAGAACCAGCCGGGAACUCGGAUCCAGAUACACAUUUACAAUCGGACAAUGAAGACUAUGCAAAUGACUCUUCCGAACCUGAGACUGAGAAAGACUGGAAGGAUCCCGAAAGUAACCCAUUUCGUUGCUCCGUGUGUCCUAAAACAUUCAAUCGCAGGGGGAAUUUGAAUAAACACAUGAGAACUCACACGGGAGAGAAGCCGUUUAGUUGCUCGUUGUGCGGUAAAAUGUUUUGUCAAAAAGCAGGCCUGGACUACCACUUGAAAACGCACACCGGAGAGAAACCGUUUAGCUGCUCAGUUUGCGGCAAGGCGUUUAGGAACAAAGGAGCCGUGACGUUCCACAUGGUGAAGCACACCGGGGUGAAAGCAUUCAGCUGCGGCGUCUGUGGCAGGAGAUUCUUUUGGCGUUUUCAGCUCAAACGCCACAAGUGUCUCGGGGAGUUUGCGCAGCGUGGAAGAAGGAGAAUUAGCUUUAACGGAGCGAACUGUGAAGGGCCAGAAGCAGCCACACCUUCAACACCAGUUGCCAAUAAAACGACAGAACUGGCCUCUGAAGCUGACGACAGCGAUGACAUUGGGUUUUGGAAAGAGACCAGGCAACAUCAGUCAGGGUUCACUUAUCAGAGAUCUAAAAAAGUUCCCGCAAGCGACGGAUGUAACGCUGGCGGCGCUGGUGACGAGGUUAAAACCGAAGCCGGGACUGACGAAAGUGUUGAUUAUUGCAAACCGACCGGCCAACCUCAGUCCCGUCUAGAACUUCUGAAAACCGAGCACGUCUCUGUCAGCGAUACAGGACGUGAUACUUACACGAAGCCGUUCAGCAUCUCCGAGUAUCGUGAAAGAUGCGAAGACGGUUGCACUCUGCUGACGCACAAGAACAAGAAAGGAUUUGCGACGGGGGGAUGUUCGACGGGACACGCAUCCGUCCACGCACCCGUCCACGCCAAAGAAAAAACACCCGGGUGCGUCGUUUGGGAGAAAAGCAUCACUUUGAAGUCGCAGAUCAUAAGCCACCAGUGUGUUGGGGAGAUCUCCCAGCUUCAUACUGCCAACAAACUGUUCAGCAGCUCUCAGGCGCAGGUUCCCACAAGAUUUCACACAGCACUGAUCCACAGUAGUCGUACAGGAGAGGAGCAUUUUACAGAACGAGGAAGUCUGAGCCAAGACAUAGUGGUCCACACGGGGGUACACGUGGGGGUAAAGCAGGAGGACCCGGAGCCCCCACACAUUAAAGAGGAACAGGAGGAACUCCGGGUCAGUCAGGAGGGAGAGCAGCUUCAAGGGCGGGAGGAGGAGGCUGAUAUUGCCAAGUUCCCAUUCACUCCUGUCCCUGUGAAGAGUGAACAUGAAGACUUUGCCGCAAAUGGCGACCAAUAACCGGAGCUUGCCGCGACUUCCACCAAUUGUAAAACAGUUUUCCCGUGCCAGACUUUUGCCUCGGUAUCUGACGCUUGAGAGCCGCCGACCUAGCGGGUUGACGUAACACACCUGCAUCGCCAAAUUCAUUACCUUUGGUUCUGGUAUGAAGACGAGACACUCGUGACAAAGCGUACAGCCAUAGAACAAUUCUGCCAACCCGUACGCAUUUUAACAUCAAAGUACGCUGUAACAAUUUGUCACUCUAAAGUUGCAACCCCCCCCCCACGUCUCAAACACACACAGGUAUUCCCACACACACAAAUGCGGUAGAUGCUAGGGGUGUCAUGAUAUCAAAAAUUCAGUAGUCUGUGCCAAUACCAGUAAAAUAACACAAUUCUCGAUGCCGAUUUCGAUACCACGGUAAAAAAAAAAGGAUUUUCUAAGAGUCCAUGUACACACAUGAACUUGAAACAUGAAACUUCUUAAUUAAAAUAUUGGAAACAAAAACAAUUGAGACACAGCCAGUAAAGUGAAUUCCGACUGGUGCUAACGCUGCCAUGAUAACUGCUAGCUAACGUUACCGGAGGAGCAGGCAAGCGGCCACGGUUUUUUACAACGUGUAGCCUGUUCAGCGGCCGUAGCCGACAACGGUGAGGCAUUUGAAGCCAAGAGAGGGGCGGGCUGUA